AUGCUCAACGAUUAUUGGUGCUACGCACCGUUCGUCAUUGGCUUUGCGCGGCCGACGCGGCUCGUAGCCGAGAGAGCCGUUGACGGCGGAGGCGGCAGGAGGUUAUGGCACAGCCGCCCCGCGUCGCAGGGGACGAGGCGAGCCACGUCAGCGACAGGCGACGACCCGAUCGCGAGUCACGAUCCGUCGCAUGACGCAGAUGCGACGACGUCGCUUGACCCGCAGUCGUCGCCCAGGAGGGUCGUCUCGAUCGACAAAGUCCCCGCCGACCUGCUCGAACUCUUCCGCGGGUGGGGGAUGGACGACCGCGAAGUGCGCCGCGUGUUGCGCGCGCGCCCGGGGCUCGCGCGGAGCGGAAUGGCGGAGAAGGUCCUCCCGGGCGUGCGCGCGCUGCUGGCGUGCGGGGUGCCUCCGCGCGACAUGGCGCUCGGCGCGCUGUACGAUUCCGUGUGGCUCGGGCAGCCCGCGGAAAAAAAAAAGGAGGUUGUGCGUUACCUGAACGAGCUCGGGCUGACCGACGGAGAGAGAAUCGGGACGGUUCUGAGGAGAUUUCCGCGCGCUUUCGCGUUCGAUCCGACCACUCAGCUGCAGCCACGUGUCCAGAAGCUGUUGGACAUGGGAAUCAAGGACACGUCAUACAUUAUUAAAGCCUGCCCACGUCUGCUGCAAUUAUCAUCCGAACGGGUUCAGGAAAGAUUAGAUUUCCUCGCACAGGUGGCAGGCGAGGGCCACGUCAGCACCAUCGUGCAGCGCCAGCCGUACAUCCUCACCCGGCCAAUCUCGGAGCUCCAAUCCAAGCUCGACGCCUUCCAAUCAAUCCUAGGGUCAGAAACGCUCGCGCGGAAAGUCUUCCGGCAGAUCCGACGGCUGCCAGCGCACUCAGCCAGCAAGAUGAUCUCCACCUUCCACACCCUCUGCGAGAUCGUCGGGGGGCCGGUCAAUGCCCAACAGGUGGUCGAGAAACGCUCCAGCAUCCUCGCUACCAACUCCGCCACAAUGCUCUCGAAUUUUAACCACUGGCAAGCGCUGCUCCCGCAGCUCACCCCCUCGGAGCUCUCCCACCUCUUCGUGCGAUACCCUGCUCUGCUUCACCUGAGCUGGAAGAGCAACAUUGCUCCCAAGGCGGAGUUCUUUCGGCGCGAGCUGGGGCUGUCGGAGGCGGCUGUUGUGGCGGUGCCGCUGGUGGCGUGUUAUAGCUUGGAGCAAAGGAUUAGACCGAGGAUAAAGCGGGUGAGGGAUGCGGGGAUUAGGGUGGUGGAGAGAGGUGGCGGGAUUGUGUGCCUGCCUCGGUGUGUGGUUGAUGGGGAGAGAGAGAGUGGUGGUCAUGGUGGGAGUGGUGCUAUAGAGGAGGAGAGCAAUGGUGGUGGGGUUGGAGGAGAUGUGUGCGAGGGCAAGGGUGGCGCUGCUGCUGGCCGUUUAGACAGCAAAAGAGACGACGCAUUAUCAGGUGUGGGGAAGAGGGACAGGGAGGGGCUUGAGGGUGGGUCGAACGUUGCAGAAAUCAGUCUAAGCACGUUGAUUCAAGUAAGUGACAGCAAGUUUGAGCAAUUUCUGGACAGGCUGGUCAAUGCCCCUCUUUCGUACUUUGAAAAGCAAAGCAAGUCCAUGUUAGGAGGAGGGGUGAAUUCUGAUGCGGCUGGGUGA